AUGGAAACUGUCACCAUCAUUAUCUACUGGGACCUCAUCAGCCAUGAUGAGCUCUUCUCUGACAUCUACAAGAUCUGGGAGAUCAUGGAUGGGCUAUGCCUGGAGGUGGAGGGCAAGAUGGUCAGUAGAACAGAGGGUGCCAUCAAUAACUCACUCAUCGGUGGAAAUGCUUCCACUGAAGGUCCAGAGGGCGAAGGUACUGAAAGCACAGAAGUCACCCGUGUUGACAUUGUCAUGUACCAUCACUUACAAGAAACCAGCUUCACAAAAGCGGUCUACAAAAAGUACAUCAAAGACUACAUGAAAUCACUCAAAGGCAAACUUGAAGAACAGAAACCAGAAAGAGUAAAGCCUUUUAUGACUGGAGCUGCAGAGCAAAUUAAGCACAUCCUUGCUAAUUUCAAUAAUUACCAGUUUUUUAUUGGUGAAAACAUGAAUCCAAAUGGUAUGGUUGCUCUCCUGGACUACCGUGAAGAUGGUGUGACUCCAUUCAUGAUUUUCUUUAAGGAUGGCUUAGAGAUGGAAAAAUGUUAACAAAAUGGAUCUAUCACCUGUCACCAUAAUUGGCUGCUGCUUACCAU